AUGCCGCCUUGGCUAUGCCGUGAGUAUCUCCAGCAAUUCUUCACGGCAACAUUUGAAAGCUCACUGAAAUAUGUAUCUCAGACCAGCGAUCUUAACCGCCUCAAUAUCGUCCAUGUUGCCGGCACAAAAAGCAAAGGUACAACGUGCGCUUUUGUCAACUCAAUCCAUCAACAAUACCACAAGUCGCAUGAGACACCUCGCGAAAAUUGGACUUUAUACCUCACCUCACCCUGUUGCCUCUGGAAUGCUCUCGAAUCUUCGGCUAUCCAAGAAGGCCUUGACCCUGCUGUUAAACCGACAUAUUUCUGA